AUGACAGAUGACGAGCUCGAAGAUGAGCUCAAGGAAGGAGAUGAGCACAGACACUGCAUCUUCUCUCCAUCCAGGACCUCGCAUCGCAUUCACCUCCACAACGUCGCCACCUCCUGCUCUCUCAUGGCCCAGGCAGCCGGUGUUCGCUCGGUGGACAUCGAUCAAGCCACGAUAGUCGUCAUUCCUACCACAGCAACACAACCUCCAGCGGGAGCUCGUAAAGCGACCAUCUUUGUCUCUGAAAGCUGGCUUUCACACUCGAUAGACGCACAUGAUCUCCUUCCCUUCGACACCUACUCAGUCUCCUUCUACAAGGAGUUCGAGGACAGGAAACCCGACAUCAAGGACCUGAACAACUCAUCAUUACGCCACCCCAUCGACCAGACGAGCAACGUCGCCUCGUCUCACACUACUGCGGUGAAGCGCGAGUCGAGUUCCAGCGGGCAAGAGACUGGCGCCGGAAGCAACACGAGCCACGCCGCGUCCAGGGUGCCUACGGCUGAUCGGGCGGUACCUUCUUAUGCCCUCGAAAAAAACGACAACGGCCAAGACGUGGUCGUUCUCCUCGACUCCGAUGAUGAAGGCGAAGGUGCCAUUGACGACGACGAUGACGAUCUGGGGGGUGCCUUAAAGCGUUUUAAAAAGCGCAAGACUCAUGCAAAGGACGUCCAGAAGGCCCGCUAUGACGUUGCCGAGUGCCAGAAGGAUCGAGUGCAAGAGAUUAUCAACGCACUGAGGGCAUGGAGGCGCGUUGGUUCGGCGUCCAAGCAAGACACGGUCAAAUACCUUCGCACAAAAGUCAAGUUCGAGGGCUGGGUCUCUAUCUUUGAAGCAAACCGCCCUUACAUCAUCCAGAACGUCCCUGGAAUGGGAGAUAGAUGGGGUACAGCAGCCUCCAAGGGCUAUAAGUGGGAGUGA